AUGAAUUCUAAUCAUAAGGUUGAUUGUGAAUAUCCUGAACAUUAUAUGCUUGAUAUCGAGGAGGUAAUUAUUAAUAUUAUAAUUCAGAAGAAACCAGCAUAGUAAUAGAAUUUAAUAAGUUUGAUGCCAUAUGGAGUAAUCUCUAAUAUUGAGAACUAAGUAAAAAGAGUUAGAAGUUCGGCUGAAAUCAAAUAAGAGGAUAGACAAAUGAUAAAGAAUGAUUCAUAAGCAUCUUUAAAAGAUGAUGUUUUAUGUUUAUAGAAUAUAAAAGGAAAUGUGAAGAAUGCUUAUAUAAAGAAGAUAAGUUCACUUCUUAAUGUAAGUAUGGAGGAUGAUAAAGAAAAACUACUUCCAUCAAAAAGAGUAAAAGAAAACGUCUCUUCUAAUUCAUCUAAAUAGUUAGAUAAUGAUGAUUUGAAGAUGUAAAAGAAUAGAGAAAGUGCUAGAAAUUCAAGAUAAAGAAAGAAAUUAUAUAUUGGUUUAUUAGAAAAGAAAGUUGAAGAUUUGAAUGGAUAAAUAGAAGGACUCAGAUAAUAGACUGAAAUUACAUUUAAGCAUAUUCAUAAUAUAAUUGAACAUAAUGCAUGUUUUAAAGGGAUGAUUAUUGAACAAGCACAAAUUUUUGAUUAAUUAUAAAGUAAAGAUCCAGAAACAAAUGAGGGAUAAGAGAUGUAAGCUUUGUUGACGGAUUCAUACAAAUUGAAAUUUAGUGCCACAGGUUCAAAAAGAAAGCAAUAUAUUAGAUAUUGCUUUUAGAAUAUAGCCAGAAUAUUAAUGGAUGGUAAUUAUGGUACUCUACUUUUUGGAAGUAAUUGUCUAUCUAAAAAUUGUAUAAUUUUUAAAAGAUUAAUUCAGUUCAACUCCUAGAAGAUGAAGAAUUGCAUGAGUAUAUAAAGCAAUUCAAAGAAAUCACAGGAUGUAGCGAAGAGAAAUUGUAGAACACAAUUACCCAUAUUGUGAGAAGGAUUUUAGAACAUAAGCGAUCAUUCUCUUAGUAUUAUAAAUUAAAUAUUUUUAGUUUAAUUAAGUAAAUGAAAUGUAAAUCUAAGGAUCUAAGAAUUUGUUAAUAACAAUUAGAUGAUCAAAUAGAUGAAAUGACAACUUAAAUGACUCCUUAAUAAUUUACAUCACUCCUUAUUAAUCUUAAUAAAGUAUUAUAAUAUAUAAAUUUUAUUUUAGGAUGAUAUAAGAGUAAAAGAAAAUUAUCCUAUGGUUAAAACAGAUAUUUCAGCCUAAUAGUAAUAACAACAAUAGUAAUAGCAAUAACUUUUGAACCAAUAUAAGUUUUUGCCUUAAAUAUCUCUUGAGUUAUUACUUAAUAAUAAGAAUACACCAUUCUUAAUUCCUAAUAAUCUAAUGAUUGACCCACUUUAAUUUAAUGAAUUAAUUUAAAAGAAGUUUUGUAAAUAAGCAUGA